AUGAUCAUAGAACCAUCGACUUCUCCCAUUUCACUGCUGUCACAUCGCAUCCGUGACAGGUUUGUCGCCUCCGAAGGCUGGAAACUUAUUGCCCCGAUCAUGUCUUUCGACCAAAGCGCGCAUGAUAAAGUGGGCCCCGAAAUGUCUUCAUUCCUGGCCAACGAAUAUCCUCCCAUUGUCUCCGUACAUACAAACGAUAAAUAUCGCUUUUGUUCUCCAGUUAUCAACAUCCGAAUCGACAAUUGCUUUUCAACCGCUGUCAGUGAACAAAGUGCCACGCCGGGCUUAGAAUUCUUCGCUGUGUGUGAAGCUGACGCUGGAUAUCGCCUCGAGACUGCCUUCUUUGGCGGUAUCAUGGGCGUAGCCUUCCGGAACGGCACUGCUCAGGACCCACAGCUGCCGGAUAUCGCAUAUUUCAUACUACGUUCUCCUGCGGGGAAGGUUUACAAGAUUGAUAUCGAGCGAGCUGCUGCUUGGAUUACGGCCACGGAAGGAACGAUUUCCCCCUUUGAUCUUGAUAGGCUGGAAGAACUAUGCAUGGACGGUCAGGAUUUCUUGAUGCAUACUUGCGCGUUUGUGAACGCUGCAUGUGCACCUGUGAACAUUCAGCCUCGCCGACAUCGUAACGCAUCAUACAGAGCUAAUGGCCUGAUCAUAUUGCCCUAGGUUGUUUGCAUUCACUGUAGCUGCUAUUGUCAUUUACGAUUUUGAUCAAAUCAAUUUGGGUAAGAGGAUUUUACG